UAACAAAUGAAAAGUUGAAAUUAAAACGUGGAUUUAUUAAAGUUAAAAUUAAUCAUUCUUGCUGUAGCUAUAAAUUUAAAAGGAAAUUAUUGAAAUUUGAAAGUAUGAACCUAUUGAUCGCACAUGAGAUUAUUGGAAAUAAGCGGAAUAUUUCAAAAUCAAUAUUUGAAAAAUUAAAAUAAUAUAAAUCCGGAUUAUACUGUGUAAAACUACUACAUAUUAGGAGGAAAAGCAAAUCAGGAUUGAAGGAGGGUGCACGAGGGAUAAAAAAGAAACUACUUUUUGAGCUAACCAAAAAUAAUCAGGUUUGCUACAAAUUGGUUCUUCAAUUCCGAACAAAACUCAAAAAGUAUGAGUCAGUCGGAUAUAACCUCAAAUCUCUCCGAGGAUCAUGAGGAGCUGGACCUCACAAUGACUCCUUGUUCGGCCUGCAACCAGACAUCAACAACAAACGAACCUAUGGUCGGUUGCGAUGCGUGUAACCGAUGGUUUCACUAUCGAUGUGUGGGAGCUACGGAAGCCGUAAAAAGGGAGAAGCGUUGGUUUUGUCCGGAGCCCGUUUGUCAAGAAGCGGCUAAAAAACAGAAAAAGUCCGGUGGUAAGAAGAAUCCUGCCCGAACCACCGAGAAAUCAAAUCAAGUGCAGAUAACCCAGGAACAAAAGAUUAAGGCCAUGGAAGAGGAAUAUGCGAAGCAAAUGGAAGAGAUUGAGAACGAAAGAUUGCUCCGGGAGAAGGAAAUGGAGUUACAGCGAGUGCUAAAGGAGAAAAGGAUGCAGAUAGAAAAGGAUUUACGAGAGAAGGAAUUGGUUCAGGAGAAGCUCUUACUUGACCGGGCUUUGAAGGCCAAAACAGAUAAUUUCGAGAAAAUGAAGACGAUGCGACUGUCAUACCAACAGUGCAUGGAUGGACUAGAUCAGGAGAUGCUUAAUAUGAAAAAAGAUGGGGAAUCGGUAGAGGUACCUCAACCCGGUCCUUCCGCCAUGAAGCAAAUUCCCGCCAGAAAGCUUGAGCCAGCAGACGAUAAGCUAUUCCGACAGAAGAUGGUGUCAACACGUAUGCCAGAGAAAAUGCGCAGAGUAUCAGACCAUUCAAGUGAUGAUGACGACCAAGAGGAAGACUACAGUAGUGACGGAGAAUGUGAUGGUGACAACGGAGAGUUUGUAGCAAGUGGAACAUCCGGAAAUCAUACCGUUACGUACGGACUGGGGCAACCCCAUGUAGGUCCCACUAGAAAUCAGCUAGCGGCACGGAGUGGCGUUUCGAAGAAGCUGCCGGUAUUUACAGGUAAGCCAGAGGAUUGUCCACUUUUCUACGGGACAUACGUAGCAUCGAACGAAGCAUGCGGCUUCAACGAUGUAGAAAAUCUUGUGUGAGAAUGUGUCAAGAAAGUUUAAGAGGGCCGGCACUCGACAGCGUUCGAGGACAAUUGAUACUUCCCAAAUCUGUGCCGAAAGUGAUGAACAAACUCCGGCAACUAUACGGUCGUCCUGAGCUUAUUCUCCAAAGUCAUUUGGAGCGGAUCCGGAAGUUAGAGCCACCAAGAUCAGACAAGCUAGCGUCAUUUGUUCCUUUCGGGAAUGCCAUAGAGCAACUAUGUGAGCAUCUCGAGGCGGCCGAUCUACAUCAACACAUGAUGAAUCCAAUCCUUAUACAAGACCUGGUCGACAAGCUUCCGGCCAGUGACAAGCGGGAGUGGGUUCGAUUUAAGAGGAAAGAAAAGGAGGUAACACUGAGAACUUUCACCGAUUUCGUCGUUGGGAUUGUCGAUGAAGCUUGUGAAGCAAAUGUUUGCUUGGAGUCGAAGCAGGAUAUGAAAACACCGCGAGUCGUCCGCGUCAACAGCGGGGGUAACCAAAGCAGUUGGAAAGUUAAACCGGGGCAGAAAGGCGUAUUGAUGAAUCACGAUGCUAUUAAUAGUGCUUUUAAGGACCUGACCGGAAGAACCAGAAUGAAGGCAUGCAAAGCGUGCCAGCGAACAGACCAUCGAUUGAGAUUUUGUGAAGAUUUUCGUAGAUUGGCUUUUGCUGAUCGACUAGGUAUUGUGACUAGAUGGAAGUUAUGUAACAUUUGUUUGAACGAGCAUGGAAACGCUGCCUGCAAGUUUAAGAUUCGUUGUGACGUCGGUGGCUGUCAGCAAAGGCAUAACCCGCUACUUCAUCCGACAGAAGGUGUCGUUGGAACAAGUGUGCAUCCAAACAGCAAGCGCGAUUAUCUUCAGAAUUAUCCCAGUGCAAUUAUUUUGCGGAGGUAAAACGGUUAUAACUUUAGCUUUCCUAGACGAGGGUGCGUCGGUAACGAUGAUCGAAAAUAAUCUGGCGGACCACUUAGGUCUUGUAGGAGUUCCUGAGCGAUUGACAAUUACCUGGACAGCCGAUAUUUCUCGAGAGGAAAAACCGCGAAACGGGUUAGCGUCUGGGCAUCGG